CAGUGCAAUACUUAGAUGAGGUCUUGAGUGAAUAGUAAAUACAUCUCUAGAUUCUCUAGUGCCCCAGUGCAAUACUUAGAUGAGGUCUUGAGUGAGUCUUGUGGGGGUGAAAUGAGUUUCUAUUGUUCUAACUUGAAUAGGAUGCUGAGCAUUAACCAACAUUUCGAUAAUUCUUCAGUUUUGAAAAAACGAAUUGACCUUCAUCUUUCAAUUAUUUGAAUGUAAAACGUAUUUCCUGCAAUUCAAUACAUUUUGCCAUGUCUAAUGUUUAUUCAUGUGAUAUUUGAGUGACUCAAACAUUACUACAAAGUCUAUGGGCUAAAAAAACGACAUAAAAAAACAUCAGCUGACAGGGGCUAGUUGAUCUGGACAUUUCUGACAAGUUAUAAAUAGCUCUUUAAGGUAUGCAAUGACUGACGUGACAUGAGAAAAGACUGAUGAUGCACUAUCCAAUUUGGAAAUUGCACCUUGUGCAUUCUACUAUUACAACUUUCAAGAGUAAGUUGAAAGCCGCACUCAGUUCCUUUAAAAAAACGUGCACCCCACAGUUUGGGAACAACUGGUUUAAGUGAUUGAUAGUUGGUAUUCAGCAGUCAUAAAAGUAUGCCUUAUUUACUUUGAAGAACUACAAAAUAGUGAUUUUGUCAGACAGCAUAGGAAGCAGCUCUAUAGAAAUGAGAUGACUUGGAAUAAAAUAAUAGUCAAUAAAUAAAACAAAUGUACCAGCUGAAAUAUUUUGUUGAUGUAACGUAAUGUGAAUAAAUGGUUAAUAAGUGAUAAUCAGUAAUGGGCAGUCACUACCAUCAUGAGACUUUUAUUAAUUGUUUUAUUCUGAGUUGUUACAGCAUUCAACCCACAUAAUGCAUAGUGCAUUUAAUGUUUAAAAAAAGUAUCAAAACCGAAAACCAUGAUUAUUUUUUAAUAAUCGAACGACCUCAAAAAGCACUUAUCGCUCAGCACUAAAAGUUUAGGACCGAGUGGGGUCCAGGGAGAACCGAGUGGUGCUGGGGGAGAUGGAGAGAUAGUCUGAUGAAAUGGUAGAGUGCCGGAUGGCAAGACUCUGGUAGACACCUCAAGGGCUUUAUCUAGUGGUGAAGACAUGCACUGGGGAAGUAGGUCAAAAGGUCAAGACGAAUAUAGGUAGCCUUUUUUUUUUUGCAUUGGUUUUCAGUGGGCUCGAAGGGCAGUGAAAUCCAUCAGAAAUAGCCAUAGACAAUAUGAACAGUCUGAAUGGAGAUCCAGACCGUUACCAACGUUAGUGACCCAUACAGACCACAGUCACUGUCAGAUCACUGUGCCUUUGGCUGUUAACAGUGGAGGUUUCUACUGCCACCUAUUGGAUGGCUAGUGAAAAUGCAGUAAAUGUCAAGUUCAAGGACUGAAAUCACACUGACUUUGGAGACAAAUGCCUUAUUCUAAUGUGAUCUCUCUCUCCCUCCAUCCCUCUCUCUCCUUCUAAUGUAGCUGUGACGAGUAUGUGACUCAGCUGGAUGAGAUGCAGAGACAGCUGUCUGCGGCGGAGGAUGAGAAGAAGACCCUGAACUCCCUCCUCCGUAUGGCCAUCCAGCAGAAGCUGGCCCUGACCCAGCGCCUGGAGGACCUGGAGUUUGACACCGAGCAGACCCGCCGCGGGGGCAAACCUAAAGGCAGAACCACCAACGGCAGAACCACCAACGGCCAGACCAACACCGUCAACAACCCCCACGUAAGUCACGGGCUCACCUGCGCAGGCAUCGGUCGCCCCAACGAGCACAACGUCAUGCCCAACGGCAUCCUGGGAGGCCCUCUGGUCUUCUGCAGCGAGAAGUACAAGAUCUACUGCGACUGAAGCGGCUGCGUUGUCAGCACGGGACUGCUGUGUACAGAGGGGAGGAGCCCGAGGUCCUCCCCUGCCUUAGUGUUAAAGAGCCCCACUACGCUCGCUUAGCUCCCUGCCUGCCCAGCCUGCAGCCUCAUAGGGCCUGGUGUGUGUCUAACCUACAGUACAUACGUAUGCCCAUGGCCACGUAUGGCCACUCACGCCUGCUAGUGUAAACGCUUAGGGGAAUGCAGAUGUGUAUGUACAGUAUAGUACAGUGUGCACUAGAAGUUUGGGACUGUAGUAGACAUAAUGUAUGGCAUGUGGAUAUUAUGGGGUGUCUCUUCUUUCCGCCGUCAUGGUGCUGUACUUAUGAGGAUAGAAAAGGUGGCAGCUUUUGUGUUUAGUGUGUUCUGACCCCCCUGGGUGUGUUGCCUGGUAACCGUAAUGCAUUUUGGGGGUGGGGACGUGUGAAGAGGGCGUCACUUUUAGGGUCAUGUGACUGAAGUUGACGUCCUCUCCUCGUUUUGCUUGCCUGUUGGCGUUGGUGCUCCUUCGAUAAAGCCCCCGCUCCUCUUCCCCUCUCUCUCCUGGCCCCCCAGGAUUGAGCCAGCCCCAGCAACCCACUGACCAAUCAGGUUGCUCAUUAAUGUUUACAUAAACAAAUGAAACAAAACAAUAUGCAAACUCCCCCUGCUGUUGCUAGGGGAGCCCAGUGUGAUUUGCUGGAUUUUCUAUCUGAAAUUCAAAACUCUCAAAGCGGGUUGGCUGAUAAUUAAUGAUGUCGGAGGUGGGCGUUAAAGGAGCACCUAAGACCACAGGUGUUUCAUUUCAGGAUCCUUUAAGCUGUGAUGCUAGUACACCAACGCGGUAGAGUCAGGCGGUCCAAUCGCAUGGCUUUGCAGCUGAAAAUGCUACUGAGCUUUUUAACCGUUUUUCUCUUUAAACAGGUGUGUCACUGCACAAGCACAUGUGCUACAGGGCUCUACAUUUAAACCAGAGCAGUUAUUUAACGUCUGCGGAAACAGUAUAUGUUAUUCUCUCAGAGCCAUAUUACUAGAGAACGAAAGCAAGACAAAAUCGGUCUCCACACCCAAAUUAAGUGCACUUCAGAAUAGGUGCCUCAGGUUCUAACUUCUAUUAGAAAAUGAUAAAAAUAACUGUGAACAGAUACAAUAUAGUUUUGAUUGAUGGUGAUUUUUGUAAUAACAGAAAAGAUCCUAAAAGAGCACAAAAAUCAAUGGCACCCAGAUCCGGAUCAUAAUUCUGCAAACAAAACCUCGGCAAAGUGCCUGUCGACCCAAACACUUGAAAAUCGACUACAUCUAUCUAUCAAUCGAUGUAAAGCCCUGUCUUUGUGUCUGUCGCCCUAAUGCUGAUCUCUCUCUCCCUGUCACUUCCUCUCUUUCUCUUUUGGGAGGCCCUUUUGAGCUCUCAAAUGAACUAUGUGUGGUUCUGUGGCUGAAAACCCUUUCCUCCUCCUCAUGUCUCUAACCUGUGUCCCGUCGCUCCGUUGUCAUGACAACCCCUCUCUCUCUUUUAGAUUGUCAGCGGCUUGCUCGCCCUGCAACGCCACUCUCCCUUUAAGUAGAGAGGGGAUUGUGGGGGGGGGGAAACCCUCUGAAUAUUGUCAGGUAACGUCCUUGCGCACGUGUGUUCUGGAACCCUGCCUGUGUGUGUGUGUGUGUGUGUGUGUGUGUGUAUAAUCUCAGCUCCGACACUGAGGUGAAAGACCCUUGUGUGUAUGUUGUUUUCUCCAAAUAUUGCAAAUAGAGGGUCGUUCAUUUCUGAGAUGCUGUGUGGAUGUGAGAGGACAACCAAUGUACUGUCUUUAUUAUCCUAAAAAAAGCUUUAACCCUUGCAAGCUAGCGCCAGGCAGAUUAAAAAACAAAUGUGGGGCUUGUGUUAGAUAAGUCCAUGUAAUGCAUACACAUUGUUAGCUUUAUGAUGCUAAAAGCAGGGUUGAUGCGAGGAAAUUCUUGAAGAUUAAUUCAAUUAUGCUUUUUCUACCAGUAACCUAUAUAAAAACUAUAUAUUCUUAAUAAUAUGAUCGUAAUCAGGUUCUAAUCUUCUAGGAUUCUCCUAGGCCACCUCUCUCUGAUAUAGAGAGGGAGAGCUUUGGUUCCUCAGAUCGAGGGACAUCCUCAACCCUGCUUGAGUUGAGUAUGUGCUGCGCUGCCCUACGAGGUCUUUAGACACGCCACACAGUAUGGAGACAAGGCUAUCGCUCACAUCAGAGAAAAACCUCCACGGAGGGAAAAAUCACUAUUCUGUUCUAGUUCCACUUAAGCGACAGUGAUAGAUUCACACUUUGUUUGUAUCAGUUUGCGCUGGGUGUAGAGAGUGGGAGAGGAGAGAGAAGUAAUACUGGUGUUUCAAAGCACCUGCGGAUGGAGAGAUGAGAAAGACGAGCUCUCUCAGCCGAUGCUGAUCAUGAUUUUGAUACUGUGUUGUUUGGGGAAAUGAGUUCCAGGGUUUUCUGAGGGAGAUGCUCUAAAAUGACAAAUGUUUUUAUAUGAGGUUUUUGUUUGACUACUUUGUCUCUAAAUGUGGGAUCUUACCAGUUGACAUUGAUUCAAAUUAGUUGACCCUCUAUACCCCGUUCCCUUGUGUAGGCUCUAUAGAUUCACUGAAUAAUCUAUAUAUUUAAUAAUCCAGGAUGUGAUUGUGGCUAGAGAGACCCUCCCUAGUUCUCUUGGUCUAGUUUGAAAUCAAUGUCCGUUUAUCUGGUGUCAUCAAUAGAAUGCCACCAGAAUAAGCUCCUCCUACCUCUGUCUGCAGGCUCCGCCCACUUCACCUUUGAGUUCUCUCACACACUCUUCGUCUGACUCCUGAUUGGUUGAACGCCUGCAUGCUAAAAAACACGCCCAUUCUCAUUAACCUGCAUCCCAUUAAGGAAAGCCCCUCCAAUGACUGACCUGUUUCUGGGGUGUGAUUUAAACUCUUGGGGCUCGUCAUGGGUUUUGGAGGUGUCAAAGGUCAUAGUACUUGUGAGGUCAUCAGCUCCUUGCACUCACUGGUCUUCCUCAUGCAGUAGUGCUUUUAUAUCAGCUCCUCUGAAACAUAUUGACACAAUGUUGAUAUGACAGUCUGCUUCAGGACAACUAACCCAGUUUGCACCAACCGGUAGUUAGUAGCUACUGUAACUAACUGGGGCUUCGGCGUACAUCUUUUUACUCUUCCUUAUUUAGUGUUUUUGAUUGGAAUGGCAUUAUUUCUGACCAAGUUAACAUCUCUCUAAAUGUACCAAUAAUGCACAUUUGUAUGAUUUCUUUGUUUCUCCGUUUUGCAGUAAUUAAAUUCUGCCCGGAUGAGGAUCCUC